CAUUUUAUAAAAACUCUCUAUAUAUCCUUUACUUCUUCUCCAAAAACCUUAGUCAUUCCAAUUAAAACUAUCUCUCCAUUACUUUAAAAAAAAAAACAUGUUUUGCUCAAUAGAUCUACCAGAUUGUGUUUAUUCAAAAGAGCCUAUUUUCAUAAGUCCAAUUAGUCCAACACCAAAUCACACCCUUUAUUUAUCAAAUCUUGAUGAUCAAAUGUUCCUUAGAUUUUCAAUUAAGUAUCUUUAUCUUUUUACUAAGUCCAUAAAUUUGGAAAAACUUAAAUAUUCACUAUCAAGAGUUUUAGUGGAUUAUUAUCCUUUAGCAGGGAGAUUAUUAAAAUGUCCAGAAAAUAAUCAUAAACUUCAAGUAGAUUGUAAUGGAAAAGGUGCUAUUUUUGCUGAAGCAUUUUUGGAUUUAAGUGCUGAUGAACUUCUUGUUGUUUCUAAUAAACCUGAUAAAUCUUGGAGAAAAUUAUUGUAUAAAGAUGAAACUCAAAGUUUCUUGGAUAUUCCUCCUCUAGUUGUGCAGGUAACAAAUCUCCGUUGCGGGGGCAUGAUCCUCUGCACCGCAAUCAACCAUUGCAUAUGUGACGGCAUCGGCACCGCUCAGUUUUUACAUGCAUGGGCCCACUAUACCGUGGACCCCACAGUCAGUUUAUCAAUCAAACCGUUCCAUUCUCGCCACGUGUUGAAACCCCGUGAUCCGACACAAAUAACCUCUAUACAUCCCACAUUUACGAAAAUACCCCUUGAUGAUCCUAAUCCCCAAUUUAGCCUCAACCUUCACCAAUAUUUACAAUCACAGCCUGUUACCCCUGCUUCUAUUACCUUUUCACAAUCCCAAAUUCUACAUUUGAAAAGACAAUGUUCUCCCUCGGUAAAAUCCACUAGUUUUGAAGUCCUAGCAUCUCACACGUGGCGGUGUUGGGUAAAAUCAUUGGAUUUAUCGUCUUCUGUAAACGUGAAACUAUUAUUUUCCGUUAACAUUAGGAAGACAGUAAAACCAGAAUUACCACAAGGGUAUUAUGGGAAUGGAUUUGUGCUAGGGUGCGCCGAGGCACCAGUUAAGCAAGUGGUGAAUGGUAACUUACAAGACAUGGUAAAAUUAGUGCAACAUGCUAAGUCCGAAUUAACAAACGAUACGGUAAAAUCAAUCGUCGAUUUAUUAGAGGAUAAAACGGUAAAAACGGAUUUAUCGACUAGUUUGGUAAUUUCACAAUGGUCAAGAUUGAGCUUAGAAGAGGUAAAUUUUGGAGAAGGUAAACCAAUUCAAAUGGGUCCAUUAACAAGUGAUAUUUACUGCUUGUUUUUACCGUCAUUGGGUGAAAUUGAUGGAAUUAGAGUAUUGGUUUCUGUGCCAGAAAAUGUUGUGAAGAAAUUUGAAUAUUAUAUGAAGGAACUUUGGGAGGUAAAUGAUGUUAAUGGAGAUAUUAUCAAAGGACAUCUUCAAUUUGAAAAUCAAAAAAUGAUUUCUGCUUGAAUUUAAUUGUUUAGGAAAAAAAAUUAGUUUCUAAUUUUGAUUUUCCUUUUUUUUUUUUGUGUGUGUGUAUGUGUUUUCAUGUAAUGUGUAUUAAAAGAAAUUGUGAAUGCAAUAAUCUAUGUCCAAUUAACUUUAAAUUUGUAAAAUUCAAUCUCCCUAAAAAAAUAAAAAACAAGAAGGUUAAAAACCAUAGAAAUGGAAUGGAAAAGACCCGCUAGACACGGUCUCCGUUGUUCUUAUCUCAGUUGAGGUUUGUUGGAUUUAUUUUCAUAUAUUCUGCAUAUAUAUAUGAGAUAUGGAGAUAUUCCUUUUCCUUUUCUAAU